GGGGAGAUCUUACGACCGGGUAUCACAUGGUUUGCUACCAACUGCAUAGCACUUGAUAGUCUUCUUCAGAAGAAAAUAGCCCUACGUCAGAUGUUUGUCAGUGCCGAGUGGCAGGAGAGCAGAAAUGCGAGGGCCGACACUGAUAGAAGUCAUGUGGAGAACUUGGUGAUGAGUCAGUCAUUUUGGCAGCGGGCUGAGAAGAUAGUGAAGGCUAUCAAACCUUUAUAUGAGGUGCUUCGCACCGUGGACAGCGAGAGAUACCCCCAGAUGGGCUUCCUAUAUUACAUGAUGGAGAGGGCAAAGAAACAGAUCAGUGAGAAUGAUCCCAAGCAGGCUCAAGAAUUCAUUAACAUUAUUGAGUGCCAUUGGGACUAUCAGAUGGGCAGAGAUUUGCAUCUAACUACUUAUUACUUGAAUCUGAGAUUUCAGUAUACUAUUCUGGGGAUAGAUAUGGAUAGCGAGCUUCUUACUGCUCUUUGCAAUGUCAUAUAUAAGAUGGUGCCCGAUCCAGAAAUUGCAUCGUUGUCUGCAAGAGGAAACUCAGUCACAGAGGGGCAUAAGGGGGGAAAGGAAAAGACAGUUGCACGUGCACCACUCUCAAGAGUACAGGAGCGACCUGGUUCAGAUACGGACACUAGGGAGUGUGAUGAUGAUACUGAUAGUAUUAGCCAUGGAUCUGAUGAUCAGGGAGGAACUAAAGGACAGGAGAUCACCGUUUAUGAGACACAGCCACAGAGUGAUAUUCGAUUCACCGAUGAGUUUCAGUUUACGUAUGUCACACAGGAUAGGGAUCAUGAUGGAUGA